UUUUCGUCUGGACGAACAGUGAGCUUGGGCAAGUGAAAGGCAGUUGUUUAGUGCAAAAUAAUCGAGUAAAUAAUAGCUAUAAGUUUGAAUUGUCGUUAUCUUGAACCCUUACAACCUAACUACAAGGAUUGCGAAGUGAAAAAAUGUAGCAGAAGUUUAUUAUAUGUGGAAAAAAUAGAUUUUUCUACUUUUGACAUAAAGCUCAGUUUAGCGAAGCAGCGGCAUAAAUUCACCAAUUUCACCACACUAACACUUAAAUACUUUUGGCGGCCUGUUUGAUGUGUAUAUUUUAGGUUUUAACACGUGAACACCAUGGCAUCAUUGUAUGCACAAAGUAGUGCAUCACCCCAAUCGCAACAGGUGAUUGACUCUGUGCAAAUGAAUCAUUUUCGGAGUUUUGUCAACAUGCUUGGUGAUCCUUCGGCAAAAGAUGAAAUUAAACUAAAAGCAGCCCAAGAAUUGAGCGAACACUUCGAAUUAAUUACACAAUGCAACGCCUAUCCGAAUUUUUUGGAACACUCAAUGCGAAUAUUUCUGAAAAUAUUACAAGAGGGCGAUGCUCAUUUUAUUUCUGAGCUGAACUUACAACAAGUGCGCAAACUAAUACUAGAAAUGAUUCAUCGAUUACCGACAUCGGAGCUUAUUCGUCCUUAUGUUAAACCGAUUGUCAUACUCGCGAUAAAAUUAUUGCAAUGUGACAACGAAGAGAAUGUACUGGUGUGUUUGCGAAUAAUAAUCGAUGUGCACAAGCAAUACCGGCCCUCAUUUCACCCGGAAAUACAAGACUUUCUGUCAUAUGUCAAAACCCUUUACUCUGAUUUGCCUAAACAUCUCACUACGAUGUUUGAGCCGAAGCAGCCGAUUAGGGUAAAGGACCUUAAAGAUGUCAAUUUUGAGGCAUUAUUGCCAGAUACCUUCACAAUUACACCGAUUCAAGUAGAAAAAAAGACAGCAGAUGGAAAGCUCUCAACUGCGACGUAUAAUUUGAUUCCUAAAGGAGUCAAUUCACUUAAAGUAUUACAGGAGCUUCCAAUCAUUGUAGUAUUGAUGUAUCAAAUUUACAAAACAAAUGUUCAUCAAGAAGUGGUUGACUUUGUUCCUCUAAUAAUGAGUACAAUAACACUACAACCAUCAACUGUGCAUAAGCACUCGCCAGGAUUCAAUAAAGAGAUUUAUGUCGACUUCAUGGGUGCUCAAAUUAAAACGUUGGCAUUUUCGGCAUACAUAAUCCGAUUGUUCCAAGAUGUUAUUUUAACACAUGCUCCAGCAAUGGUGAAAGGAAUGCUCAACUUAUUGGAAAACUGCCCCAAGGAAGUGGCUCACCUGAGAAAAGAGCUAUUAGUUGCAACAAGGCAUAUUCUGGCCACCGAGCUCAGAAAUCAUUUCGUUUCAUCGAUUGACAAACUAUUUGAUGAGGAUGUAUUACUUGGAAAAGGUUGGACUACUCAUGAAUCAUUGCGGCCGCUUGCAUAUUCCACUUUGGCCGAUUUGGUUCAUCACGUUCGUCAACAUUUGCCUCUUUCUGCGCUCUGUAAAGCUGUCUAUUUGUUUGCGAAAAAUGUUCAUGACGAAUCCUUGCCAACCAGUAUUCAAACUAUGUCAUGCAAGUUGUUGCUAAAUUUGGUGGAAUGCAUACGAAUUAAAACCGAAACGGAACCUGUCGUUGGUCGAGAACUUCUAAUCACAAUGUUGAAAGUGUUUACACAGAAGUUUCAUACUAUUUCUAAAUUGCAACUUCCACAGAUAAUGCAAAAAUGGAAAAACCUUAAACCGGAAAAUACAACUACAUCUGCGGCACAGAGUAAUACGGCACCAGGCACAACACCACAACAUUCAUCUCAAACGCAGCCUGAGAAAGAUAACAUAGCAAAAGAUUUCUUGGCUAUCGAUCUGUCUGAUAAUUCGUUCAAACUUACUAGCAUUGGGUUUUCACAGCCAAACAAUUUGAACGUGACGGAAUAUCGAAGCUUAGUGAAAACACUGGUUUGCGGUGUCAAGACAAUCACUUGGGGUUGUCCGGCUGCAAAAAUGAAUUCAAACGAUCACAAUGUUCCAGCAUCAAAACUUUUUAACCCGAAUGAAAUACUUAUUUUCAUCGAUUUGUUUCAUUGGGCUCUAGAAGCUUUAGAUGUUUACACAAUCAAUGUUCCGACAGUUGGUGUGUCACAAACACCCCCACAGCAUAAACAAACUCUCCAAAUGCCACGUUCAAAGGAAGAGAAAGAAGUACUCGAGCACUUUAGUGGCGUCUUUCUCACAAUGGAUUCGCAGAAUUUCCAGGAAAUAUUCGCGUCCACAAUAGAUUUCAUGGUUGAUAGAUUAUAUAAGAACUCAGCUCUACAGGUUAUUGCUAAUUCAUUUUUGGCGAAUCCAAAAACGUCACCUUUAUUUGCCACAGUGCUUGUCGAAUAUCUGCUCGAGCGGAUGGAAGAAAUGGGAUCUAAUGUUGAACGGUCAAAUCUGUACUUACGUCUUUUCAAACUUGUGUUUGGUAGUGUCAGUCUAUUCGCAGCAGAAAAUGAGCACAUGCUACGGCCACAUUUGCAUAAUAUUGUUAAUAGGUCGAUGGAACUUGCCAUGACAGCCAAGGAACCUUACAACUAUUUCCUCCUACUCAGAGCACUGUUCCGUUCAAUUGGUGGUGGUUCACACGACUUGUUAUAUCAGGAAUUUCUGCCAUUAUUACCCAAUUUAUUGGAGGGUCUGAAUAGGCUGCAAAGUGGUUUCCAUAAACAACAUAUGAAGGACCUUUUCGUAGAACUUUGUCUCACGGUGCCUGUAAGAUUGUCGUCAUUAUUGCCAUAUUUACCAAUGUUGAUGGACCCAUUAGUGUCUGCUUUGAACGGAUCGCAUACGUUAGUAAGCCAGGGCCUUCGGACUUUGGAAUUGUGUGUGGAUAAUCUUCAGCCGGAUUUCCUAUAUGACCAUAUCCAACCUGUACGAGCCGAUCUCAUGCAGGCCUUGUGGAGAACAUUACGAAAUCAGGACAGUGCUGCAGUUGUUGCGUUUAGGGUUCUUGGUAAAUUUGGAGGAGGCAACCGGAAAAUGAUGAUUGAACCCCAACAGCUAAUGUAUCAAGAAAAUGAUAUGGCUCAACCUGCGGUCGUUGCUUACUUCCAGGAGCAUCGCAAGCCGAUUGAUUUUCCAGUUGAUAACGUAAUCGAAACUGCUUUCAAUGCACUGAAAACCAGUACAACUGAUCCAUUCUAUUGGCGUCAAAGCUGGGAAGUUAUUCGAUGCUAUCUCGCUGCAUCUAUAUGUCUUGACGACGAUAAACACACGCUGCAAAAACUUUUCAUGCAUCCCAGUUUCACUGAAAAUAAUAUAGUGACCGCAGGAACACAUUACAUCCUGCAAGACAAACGAGCAAGACUGACACAUCAAACCGCUUUGACUGGAAUGUUUGUUGCGGCAGCUACGAAGGAAUUACGAGGAUCGGUCUUGCCAACAAUGGUAGCAGUUGUGAGACACUACACAAUGGUUGCCAUUGCACAGCAAGCAGGCCCAUUUCCACAUAAGCAUUAUCAGAUGAACAACGGACUUGAUCCGUUAGUUUUAAUCGAUGCAUUGGCUGCAAUUAUGGGUCACGAAGAAAAAGAACUGUGCAAACCGGGGAAUUUGGCCAUGGUUUUGAUCCUGGAAACGGCAACAAAUAUAAUGGGAUCCAAGGAGCGUGCUUGCAGGCUGCCUAUGAUGCAAUACUUGGCGGAGAAAAUGGCAGCUUUGUGUUACGAACGACCAUGGUACUCGAAAAUGGGUGGCUGUAUAGCUCUGAAGUUUCUUUAUCAAAAUAUGGCUAUGCGCUGGUUGUAUCAUCAUCUAUUCAUUUUUCUGAAAGCGUUCAUGUUCAUAAUAAUGGAUCUAACCGGUGAAGUGUCCAGUGGGGCUAUUGAUAUGGCUCAAAAUUACUUGGAGAAAAUGUUAAAGAUUUGCAUGACACCGCUUGAUAGAGAUUGUAAGAACGAAGAAUUAAUUUCAACGCAGAAGAAAGCAAUGUACGAUGUUAUCCACGAACUCGUGAGACAAGUUACAAGUCCCCACACUCUUGUUAGAGAGACGGCAAUGUCAUCACUUCGACUGAUCGCAGAACUUCAAGAGAAAACAGUUACCGAUGUUAUGAAUCCUCAUAGGGAAGUACUUGUUGACAUGAUUCCUCCUAAAAAACAUUUAUUACGACAUCAACCCGCAAGCGCCCAAAUUGGUCUCAUGGACGGGAACACCUUCUGUACUACCUUGGAACCUCGUUUAUUCACUAUCGAUCUCAAUAUUUUAACCCAUAAAGUAUUCUAUCACGAAGUACUUACACUAUCCGAUGCAGAAGAUACAACUCUCAAUAAAUUGGAUUGUUAUAAGACGGUCACAAACUUGAUCCCUUUGCGAAAGAGUGCAUUGCGCGCUUUGGCUGCCUGUCAUUAUAUUCCGAAUGGUUGCAGGGAGAAAAUAUUUUCAAUCCUGUUCAAAGCUCUGGAAAAAAAUAAUGUUGAACUACAAGAAACCGCAUUCGAAUGCAUGCAAAAUUUUCUACAAGGAUGCACGGUUGAUAAAGAAGCAAUUCAUGCAGGUAUUCGGCCGCUAUUGAUGCAACUAGGUGAUCACCGCAACUUGACGUCAAAUGGGGCGAAACGACUCUCCUAUCUCACACAGCUGUUCCCUUCGAUGUUCAACGAAAAAUUGUGCGAUUCCCUACUACAAAUCGUGAAAAAAUUGCUGGAGACCUCAAUUACGACCAACAAAGGCUCUAAUUUCCUGUCCGCUGCGAGAACGGGCGAAACCGAACAGAAGAUUGUUACUAUAAUUGGAAUCUUCCAUCAGAUUCCAGCAGCGUCGGCUAAAUUCAUAGACAGUUUGUGUAAAUUGAUUCUUCAAACUGAAAAAAGUUUAAUGAUUGAGCCAUGUUCACCGUAUCGUACACCUUUGGUGAAAUUUUUACUCAAGUUCCCAAAAGAGACUAUCGAGUUGUUGCUGAGUGAUGUUAACAUAAAAGAUUCCCAAUGGAACAGAUUCUUGAUAUACUUGUUGAGGCAUAAAGACGGUGUAUCUUUCCGAAAUGCAGUUCAGGACAAAGGAGCAAGACUUGUUCAGCUGAUUUUGAUCAAUUCUGAAGGAAGUAUUGCGGUUGCACAAGGAAAAUCGUAUGAGGACCGUUAUGAAGCCCAACGACAAGCCAUUUCGAUCAUCCAUACGCUGAUUGAAUUCGAUAGUCCAUGGAUUUCUACUCAAGCUGAUAUUGUGGCGGCGCUGAAAACUAUUUGGAAGACUGAUUUAUACAAGACUUGUCAACUGUCGGUUGUUUGUGACAUGUGGCAUCUGGUGGCUAAAAUUUUGAUAGAAUAUUUCUCUCAUAACACCAAUGAGAUCCCUUUGCUGUUUCAACUGUUACGUGCUCAGUGUUUGCGAUUUAUACCCGAUUUUCAAUUUUUCCGUGACUUUUUACAAAACACUGUUUGUCAGAGUUAUACGGUAGACUGGAAGCGUAAGGCAUUUUUCCACUUCGUAGAGUGUUUUGCAGACCAAGAAGUGUCCCAAGAUUUGAAGGCCAAAAUUCUAACAAUGAUAAUAAUACCGAGUUUUGCAGUUAGUUUCGAAAAGGGUGAAGGUAAUCGAUUGGUAGGAGCACCACCCGCGCCGUAUCAAGAGGAUGAUAAUAAUGUGGUGUCAGUGUUUAUAAACAAAGUAAUCGAUCCCGAAAAACCAUUCGCCAACGAAGAUGCUGUGAGGAUAGCUUUGUUGCAGUUUGCCUGUUUACUUGUGGAAAGAGCUUCACCCCAUAUUCAUGAUGGCGAUGCGAAUAAUAAGCGAGAGGGCAAUAAACUAAGACGUCUUAUGACCUUCGCUUGGCCUUGUUUGCUGCCGAAAAAUUGUGUUGAUCCAGCAGCUCGAUACCAUGGGCAUUUGCUACUCAGCCAUAUUAUCGCUAGAUUGGCAAUACACAAGAGAAUAGUUUUGCAAGUAUUUCACUCACUCCUAAAGGCUCAUGCCGUUGAAGCAAGAACAGUGGUGAAACAGGCAUUAGAGGUUUUGACACCAGCAAUGCCGCUGCGAAUGGAAGAUGGAAAUACAAUGCUGACACACUGGACGAAAAAAAUUAUUGUCGAAGAAGGACAUUCAAUGCAACAACUUUUCCACAUUUUGCAGCUACUUGUAAGACAUUUCAAAGUUUACUAUCCUGUACGCCAUCAUUUAGUACAGCAAAUCACAAACUCAAUGCACCGUCUUGGGUUCACCGUGAACGCUACUAUCGAUUAUCGCAAGUUGUCGGUGGAACUUGCUGAAGUGAUUAUUAAAUGGGAACUCCAACGUAUAAAAGAGGAAUCGGAAGGCGGCAUCAUUGAAGACGAUGAAAGCAAAGUACAUAGUGAAGCCAAGCAACAGCCAAGUGGUGCUGUAAAGCGUACAAUACAAGAGGAGGAAGCUAGGAAAAAAAUGGCAACAGGCGAUGCUAAUCCGCAGCCGUCAUCAAGUACCUCUGCAUCAACUGCAACUCCUGGCACGACCAGUGUGAGCAUAGAAGGCUCCAGCAGACCAAUAGAUCGAACUCAUUGUGAUGCUGUGUUAAAUUUCUUAUUUAGGAUGGCGUGUCAGCUCAAUGAUAUUUCUUCUACACCAGGAACAAUGUCACCAGGAGAAGGUCUUUCUAGGCGAUGUGUCACUCUCAUAAAAUUGGCGAUUAAACCUGAUGUUUGGCAACAACCGUCCGAUUUAAAACUAACAUGGCUUGAUAAAGUUUUCACAAGUAUUGAGGGACAACAACCAAAUAUUGGAAAUAUCUGCACUGCGCUGGAGCUUUUAACAUUUUUAUUAACAGUGUUGAAGAAAGAUCAAAUACUUGCCACGUUUCGUCCUCUACAGAGAGGUCUCUCAGCGUGUGUGACCUGCCCAAAUACAAGGGUUAUAAAGCUUAUGCAUGGUCUUUUGACACGACUCAUGGCCAUUUUUCCUACCGAUACACACCAUAAGCAUGAAGAAUUAGAGACACUUUAUGCUACUAUAAGUAAAAUGAUUUUCGAAGGCCUUGCGACGUACGAAAAGAAUCCGCAAGCAAAUCCAUCAACAUUGUUCGGUACGCUCAUGACACUCAAAGCGGCAUGUACCAAUAAUCAAAGUUACAUUGAUCGCCUGAUUAUCCCAUUUAUGCGACUGCUUAAUCGAUUGACCAAGGAACAUUUGGGAGGAGUUGGCAAUAAUCAGAACGGAAGCAACGAAGCUACAAACAAUGCUGGGUCAAUAGCGCUCGAGUUAUUAGUUGUUUCACUGGAUCUCGUGAAAAACCGGGUAGUUGUGAUGAGUGUUGAAAUGCGAAAAAUGUUCAUCGGAGGGAUACUGGUUGGAUUAAUCGAGAAAAGUAACGAUGUAAAAGUUAUCAAAGCGAUUGUUAAGAUGAUUGAGGAAUGGAUGAAAAACAAAAACACUCCAGUCACGGUAUCGCAGGCACCAACGCUACGCGAAAAAUCUAUUCUAUUAGUUAAAUUAAUGCAGUAUGUUGAAAAACGUUUCGCGGAUGAUCAAGAACUGAACGGUCAAUUUUUGGAACUAGUAAACUAUAUUUAUAGAGAUGAACAACUAAAGGUGACCGAAUUAACAUCCAAAUUGGAGGCCGCAUUUUUAGCUGGCCUACGUUGCAAUCAGCCUAAAAUUCGUGCCAAAUUUUUCGAAGUUUUUGAUGGUUCGAUGAGACGGCGCUUGCACGAUCGCCUACUCUAUAUAAUCUGCUCGCACGCUUGGGAUUCAAUUGGACAACAAUACUGGAUAAAGCAAUGCAUAGAACUGCUCAUUUUAACUGCAAAUACGACUACCCAGAUUCAGAAUAGUAACGAGAAUCAUCUACUACCAAAUAUCUCAUCGGUAAUUAAUCUGGCUGAAUCGGAUGAAAAGAAGAAUUUUGUGAUCUACACUUCACUGCAAAACGACCCUACGGAAACAUUCGACCCCAUCGAAGACAAAGAAGAUGCAUUUGAUAUGGAUAUGAGUGUCGAUUCCAACAUUUCUAGACAUGAAGAAAGUGAGCGCCCGGUAGCAAAUCGACAAGCUGCACUGAUCAAACUUAUCAGUCGUCAAGCCGAAUUUCUCGAAGCAAAUCGAAAAAUCCGAACAGAGCAAUUGUUGGUUGCAACAGCACAACUUUGUCACAUGGAUACUCAGCUGGCUGAGAAGGUGUGGCUUGAUAUUUUCCCUAGGCUGUGGUCGAUUCUUGAUCAGGGACAGCAGCAAUCAUUAGAUCGAGAAAUUGUACCGUUUCUGUCAUCCGGGACGCACAUCAACCAGAAAGAUUGUCAUCCUAGUGCGCUGCACACGUUCGUCGAAGCUUUAUCGCAUUGCAGUCCCUCCGUUUACAUUCCACCGAAUUUGAUGGCAUACUUAGGAAAAGCACAUAAUCUGUGGCACCGUAUGACGCUAAUGUUGGAAGAAAUGGCCUUAGAUUGGCCUCAUCGUAAAGAAAGUCUGUCCGAAUAUGUGGAGUUGAAUGAGGAAAGCGUUCGCGAUGGAUCUUACGCUAUGGAUCCUCUCUCGCAAAUGUAUUCAUCACUCCAUGAAGAAGAUCUAUGGGCUGGGCUAUGGCAAAAAUAUGCCAAAUACCCUGAAACAAAUCUAGCUAUCGCGCACGAACAAAUGGGAUUCUUCGAAGAAGCGCAAAGUAUUUACGACUCAGCCAUGACCAGGUUCAAACAAGAUCUAAACAGUGGGGCAACUCCGACAGAUAUGAACACCGAAAUUUCACUCUGGGAAAAUCAUUGGAUUCGUUGCGCAAAAGAGUUAAACCAGUGGGAUAUCCUUAUGGAUUAUGGCCAGUUGAGUAAAGAUAAAAACUCUUUCCUAAUUAUGGAUAGCGCGUGGAGAGUACCAGAUUGGACGCUGAUGAAACAGGCGCUUUUGAAGGUGGAGCAGUCUUGCCCCAAACAAGUUGGGUAUAAAGUUAAUUUAUAUCGAGGAUAUUUGACGAUUUUAAACCAAGAUGAACAACAUCCUUCCACUGUUGAGCGUUAUGUUGAAAUGGCUUCGGCCUAUUGUAUGCGUGAGUGGCGUCGAUUGCCGCCAAUUGUCUCUCAUAUUCAUCUACCAAUACUGCAAGCCUCCCAACAAAUUAUGGAACUGCAGGAAGCUAGCCAAAUCCAUCAAGGCCUUCUACAAAACCGAAGUUCAUCGUUGCACGACAUGAAAGCCAUCGUCAAAACAUGGCGUAAUCGCUUGCCUGUAAUUGCGGAUGAUUUAUCUCAUUGGAGUGAUAUUUUCACAUGGCGGCAGCAUCAUUAUCAGAUAAUUACCUCACAUCUCGAACAACAGGGAGACAAUAAUGCACCUUGUAUGUUGGGAGCACAUGCUUCAGCGCAGACGAUCAUCCACUUCGGGAAAAUCGCCCGUAAACAGAAUUUAACUGGUGUUUGUCAAGAUUCCCUAUAUAGGAUUUACACGAUUCCAUCAGUGCCAGUGGUAGACUGUUUCCAGAAAAUUCGUCAGCAAGUAAAAUGUUGUUUACAAAUGGCUUCCGUGAAUAGUCGUGCGGAAUUGUCAGAGGCGCUGGAGGUGAUCGAACCAACAAAUUUGGAUUAUUUCUCGAAAGAAAUGACUGCUGAAUUCUAUGCACUAAAAGGACUGUUGUUGGCUCAAACUGGUCGUUCUGAAGAGGCUAACAAAGCUUUUAGUGCUGCUACUCAGCUUCACGAUACAUUAAUUAAAGCAUGGGCAUUAUGGGGUGACUAUCUUGAACACAUUUUCACCAGAGAUCCACGUCAAAUCAGUCUCGGUGUGUCGGCAAUGACAUGCUUCCUCCAUGCUUGCCGUAAUCAAAACGAAAGCAAAUCUCGGAAAUAUUUAGCCAAAGUGCUUUGGUUGCUAUCAUAUGACGAGGAUAAAUCACUUCUUGAUGCAUUGGACAAGUAUGCCGUUGGUGUUCCACCAUUGCAAUGGGUCCCAUGGAUCCCCCAACUGCUCUGUUGUCUUGUACAAUAUGAGGGAACCGUAAUACUCAAUUUAUUGAGCCAAGUCGGUAGAAUGUUUCCACAGGCCGUGUAUUUCCCGAUUCGAACGCUCUACCUAACACUUAAAAUUGAACAAAGAGAACGAUACAAAAGUGUUGAGCAAGCAUCAGCCGCUGCACAAAAGAUAGCAAUUAUCAAAACAGAAGCAGGCAAUACUGCAGGCGGUCAAGUAACUAUUUCGACCCAACCCGGUGGAUCCGGUAGUCAGCAACAACUGCAAACGAGUGGUGUUGCCGGUCAAUCCGGACAGGAAAACAAUCAAAACGCUGCCGGUGGCUCCUUGCAAACCGCUACGACGCCUAUUCGAGCGACGCCUCCUAUGUGGAGAUGUUCAAAAAUUAUGCAUCUACAGCGGGAUAUACAUCCGACCGUUUUAAGCUCACUAGAAGGUAUAGUCGACCAGAUGGUUUGGUUCCGUGAGAACUGGUACGAAGAAGUUUUGAGACAACUUCGCCAGGGCCUGACUAAAUGCUAUGCCAUUGCAUUCGAGAAUCGCUGUGCAGUCAACGAAGCAACGAUCACGCAGCACACGCUUAAUUUCGUCAAGAAAUUAGUGUCUACAUUCGGAAUAGGAAUUGAAAACAUAUCUAGCUCGGUGUCAUCGAAUUUCUCAUCGGCUGCAUCGGAGUCGCUAGCUAGACGUGCACAAGCAACAGUACAGGACCCAGUAUUCCAAAAAAUGAAGGGACAAUUUACAAGUGAUUUUGACUUCUCCCAACCAGGUGCAACGAAACUUCAUAACUUGAUUAACAAAUUGAAGAUAUGGAUCAAGAUAUUAGAGAACAAAACGAAGCAGCUGCCGAAAUCAUUUUUGAUAGAAGAGAAAUGUCGCUUCUUGUCAAACUUCAGCCAGAAAACAGCAGAAGUUGAGCUUCCUGGUGAACUUUUAUUGCCGAAACAUUCGCAUUACCACAUUCGCAUAGCAAGGUUCAUGCCACGAGUGGACAUAGUCCAGAAACACAAUACCGCUGCCCGUCGUUUGUACAUUCGUGGAACGAAUGGGAAAAUUUACCCCUACCUAGUGGUGAACGAUACGGGACUGGGAGACGCUCGUCGCGAAGAACGAGUUCUACAAUUGUUGCGAAUGUUGAACAAUUAUCUUGCUAAACAAAAAGAAACUUCGAAACGUUUCCUGCACAUUACCGUACCGCGUGUUGUUGCGGUUUCGCCCCAGAUGCGUUUAGUUGAAGACAACCCAUCGAGUGUUUCCCUCCUGGAUAUCUACAAGAAUGGUUGUACUAAAUAUAACGUGGAACACGAUGCACCCAUUGCGCGAUACUACGAACGGCUUGCCAAAGUGCAGGCGCGUGGAUCCCAGACGAAUCAUAUUGUGUUGAGAGAUAUUCUGCGUGAAGUGCAAUCAACGAUGAUUCCCAAGAGUAUGCUGAAAGAUUGGGCUGUGCGCAAUUUUCAUUCGGCAACCGACUAUUGGCAAUUCCGAAAAAUGUUCACCCUUCAACUGUCACUGUCAUGUCUGAUGGAAUACGCUCUAUAUCUCACUCGAAUGAAUGCAGACAUGAUGUACCUUCAUCAAGAUUCUGGGCUAAUGAAUGUAUCCUAUUUCAAAUUCGAUGUAGAUGAUACUAGCGGACUGUUGGAUGUGAAUCGGCCAGUACCGUUCCGACUAACCCCAAAUAUUGUUGAAUUCAUAUCGAGCAUUGGCGUUUCUGGACCGUUGACAGCUUCUACGAUCGCAACUGCUAGAUGCCUUGUGCAACCUAAUUUCAAACUACCAACUAUUUUGAGAGCAAUCCUAAGAGAUGAGAUAAUUGCAGUGCAUAAAAAACGUAUUCUAGAUGAAAAGUUUAUCGAUUUGAAUACUGAUCUAUCCCAGGAUAAUCCAUCCGUAGACAUUGAUGCCGAAACAAUCAUAAGCACGGUGAACAAAGCGGUAAAUAAUAUCAUAUCCAGAAUGAACUGUCUAGCUCGUUUCGAUAAUUCGGAAGUGAACAGAAUGAGUACGUUGGUGCAGGUUGCUAGUAAUCCAGACAAUUUAUGCCGAAUGGAUCCAACAUGGCAUCCAUGGCUGUAAGUUAUAUUUAUGUCCAUUAAUGUCCACAUUAAAACAACUGAGAAAUAAACAAAAAAGCCGCUUUUGGAAA